AUGAUAUCGAACAUCUUCCACGCCACGAAGACGAUGAUACGGGCGAUGGAGCGCCUCAACAUCCAAUACGGGAACCCCGAGUGCCGUCAUCUGGCAGAGCUCGUGAUGUCUGUGGAUGACGAUCGAGUGACAGCGUUCGAAGAGAUCCACGUUAACGCCAUUAGAACCCUCUGGCAAGACUCCGGAAUCCAAGAAUGCUACGACCGCAGGAAGGAAUACCAUCUGAGCGACUCUGCUAAAUACUACCUGUCAGACUUGGAUCGAAUAGCAUCCCCCUCGUACCUCCCCACGGAGCAGGACAUCCUCAGAGUCAGGCUGCCCACCGAGGGAAUCGUGGAGUAUAUCUUCGACAUCCUGGAGACUAAUUUCAAGUUCAGGUUCAGGAUGGUGGAUGUCGGAGGGCAACGCUCCGAGCGGCGCAAGUGGAUCCAUUGCUUCGAGAACGUCACGGCCGUCAUCUUUCUUGCAGCCUUAUCCGAAUACGAUCACGUUCUGGUCGAGUCGGAGAAGGGGAAUCGGAUGGAGGAGAGCAAGGCCCUGUUCAAAUUGAUCAUCUCGUAUCCGUGGUUCAAGCGGUCUUCCUUCAUCCUCUUCCUCAACAAGAAGGACCUGCUCGAGGAGACGAUCACGCAUCAUCACCUUGCGGAUUACUACCCCGAAUACGACGGUCCUCGGGAAGAUCCCAUAGCAGCAAGGGAAUUCAUCCUCCGAAUGUUUCUCGACCAAAUGCCCGAUCAUGAGAAGCCAAUAUAUUAUCAUUUCACGUGUGCCACAGGUAAAGUUCUUGUCCUGCUGAAGGAGAGUGCACGUCCUGCUGUUUCGUGCACUCUCCUUCACCGCUGA